AUGUCACGCAAAAGAAAAGCCGACUCGGGCGAAGUCCUCAAAAUUGGAAACAAAACCAUCUCCCUCGAAGGUUACCUCACCAAGAAACCAAAGACUACCACUCCUUCAACAUCAACAUCAGACAACAACACCCCAGCCCCAACAAGCAAAAAUGAUUCUUCGAUAACAACAAACUCCAAGGAGUUUAAACCCUCCCGUCCUCUCACCGGAGACCCAUCUCUGUUCCCCACCCGCCGCACCCUCCCGCUCUACCUCUACCAAGACCGGAUCCGCUCCAUCCUCUCCAAGAAGGAUGUGCUAGUACUAGUGGGUGAAACUGGUUCGGGUAAGUCCACCCAGGUACCGCAGUUUCUCUACCAAGAACGCUGGUGUCAGCGACGGAGAGUCAAGGUCAAGACCAAGGUAGUGGAUAAGGAUGGGAAUGAGAUCAUGGAAGAAGGAGGGAAACCAAAGACGAGGGAGGAGACGGUUAAUGUUGGUGGAGUCAUUGCUAUUACCCAGCCCAGAAGGGUCGCUGCUACCACUCUUGCGGGGCGUGUGGCUAAGGAGUGCGGGACGCCGUUGGAUACGAGUGGGAAUGGUGGCAGAGGGUAUAAAGGAAGGGGGCCGAAAGGGAAGGAUGUGAAGGGCCCAAAGGGUGGGAAGGAUGGGGAGGAGUGGGAUGAGGAAAAGGAUGUGGUUGAGGAGAUGGGGAAGAAUGGAGGAGAUGAUGAGGAGGUGAUUGAAGCUAAUGGGAACGAGAAGAAGGACAAGAAAGAGCAGGAGAAGGGACUGGUUGGUUAUUCAGUCCGUUUCGACCACCGAGUACCGCCGGGAACGAAGAUCAAGUACGUUACGGAAGGUAUGUUGCUGCAGGAACUGCUGAGGGACCCGCAUCUACGACAGUAUUCGGCCAUUAUCGUGGACGAAAUCCACGAGCGCAGCGUCGACGUCGAUUUGUUGUCCGGUUUCCUCAAGCAGAUUGUCACGGGCGACAAGGCCGGCCGUGGAGGGAUCCCGCUCAAGGUGGUGGUCAUGAGUGCUACCGCCCAAGUGGAGCGCAUCAAGAAGUUCUUUUCCAGCGACGACAGCCUCAAAAACGGAACAUCAGGAGAGGAAGUCGAAUACCUACAGAUCGAAGGCCGCCAGUUCCCCGUCGAAGUCAUCCAUGAGCCCAAACCCGUUCCGGACAUCCAAGAAGCCCUCAUCAAAACGGUCUUCAAGAUCCACACCCAAGAGCCGCUCUCCGAUAAGCACGGCAAGAAAGACAUCUUGUGCUUUUUGACAGGUCAAGAAGAAAUCGAAGCCGCCCAGCGUCUGAUCGAAGAAUUCGCCGAGACUCUCGACCCCAAGGUGCCCAAAGUCAAGGUCUUCCCCCUCUUCGGCCAGCUCUCCAUGGAAGCCCAACACGAAGCCUUCCAGCCUAUCAAACACCCAUUCACGCGCAAGAUCGUGCUGGCGACCAAUAUCGCCGAAACCUCCGUCACCGUCCCCGGCGUGCGCUAUGUCGUCGACUGCGGCAAGGCCAAAGUGAAGCAAUACCGUCCCCGUCUGGGCAUGGAAUCUUUGCUGGCAAAACCCAUCUCCAAGUCCUCCGCCAUCCAACGAACGGGUCGUGCCGGCCGUGAAGGGCCCGGUAAAUGCUUCCGCCUGUACACAGCCGAGACGUUCUCUACCCUCCAAAAGACGGACCUCCCCGAGAUUCUGCGGACGGACGUCCUAGGUGCAAUCCUCACGAUGAAAGCCCGCGGCAUCGACGACGUGCUCGCCUUCCCGCUUAUGGACCGGCCGGAAAUUGAAGCCGUCGAAAACGCUCUCGUGCACUUACACGUCCUAGGCGCACUAGAUGACGAGGGGCGCAUCACGGAAAUGGGCCGCAAAAUGGUCAUGUUCCCCGUCACGGCGCCCUACGCGCGCGUGCUUUUGGCGGCUGCCGACCAGAAAUACGAUUGCCUGCUGGAAGCUAUCGACAUCAUCAGUUGCAUCACUGCCGGCGACGACAUCUUCAUGCAAGUCCGUUCCGAAGAGGACAAAGAAUCCGUCGAUGUCUACCGCAAGGAGUUACAACGUCGCGAAGGCGACCUAAUCACUUACCUCAACACGAUGCAACGAUUCGUCUCUACACCGUCCUCCGACCGCGCCACCUUUUGCAAGCAGAGACGCAUCAACGUGCGGAAUAUGCGUCAAGCGCUCAACAUUCGCAAACAGUUGCGCUCCCUCUCCGUCAAGACGAAGAUGCUCGAGGACGCACCACCCCCCGACUCGGAAGUGACGUACCAGCCCGUCUCGCCCGAGACGGCAGAGAGGAUCCUCAAGGCUUUCCUGAGAGGGUUCGCAAUGAAGACGGCGGUCUUGGCGCCGGAUAGCAGUUAUGUGACGGCGCAUGGGAAACAUGUCGUGGCUAUUCACCCGAGCAGCUCGAUGCAUGGCGUUAAGAGGGAGGCCAUCAUGUUUUUGGAACAUGUGUAUACGCAGAAGAAUUACGCGAAGAAGGUGAGUGCGAUUCAGGCGGGGUGGAUUGCUGAGGCUUUGGCUUGUUGA